AUGGUGGGGAUUCCGUGGGAAAAACAACGCAGCGCAGCGACUGACUAUUCUUAUGGAAAAGAACCGACCAUUCCAUGCAUGGAAUUCAGCGACCAUAGAGACGAAACCGACUAUUUCAUAGACAACAACGCAACGAUCGACCAUUCACAACGACUGACCGUUAAGAGACCAUACAACGAAGCGAUCGGCGUAAUCAUAACCUUCAGUCCAUCCAAGCCACACAGUACUUCUCUGGAAACGAUAUCCGAGCGACCAGGAAUCUUAAAAACAGAAAAGCCCGAUAAAACCUCGGGAAAGGCAAUUACUUUCGACUAUAAAGAGUGA